GCCCGUGACCGGCCCCAGCACCCCCCACGCAGCCGGGCUGGGACCCGCGGGGAGAGACCGACCGAGCCGGGCCGGACAGCGACCGGGACAGUCACCGCGCGGCGCUGGCCAAGGUGGCCGGCCAGGUGUCUCCCUCUUCGUGCUUGACACCCCCAGCCCGGACCAUGACCCUGUUGGCCUCCGAGCGCUCCAUGCUGAUCCGUAGCAAGUUCCGAUCCGUGCUGCAGCUCAGGAUGCAGCAUCGCAGAUCCCAGGAGCAGCAUCUCCUGACACCUCUGACCAAGCCCCCCAAAACCUACCUGGAGGUGAACGGAACCCCAGAGCAGAGCCGGGCCGACGAGACCCUGAAGUUGAAGGUCCAGACGAGAAUCCACAAAGUGGGAGCUGCCAAGGGCCAGUUCACAGAAGCAGAGUCUGGAGGGGACCCCUCAGAGCGGAAGGAGAAGAAAACGCGUCUGGCCGAGGAUCUGAAGGAGAAACUCCUGCAAUGGCCGGGGCCACUGGAACUCGUGACGAAAAACAUCCUUUCCCUGGACGCCAGCCUCAAAGAUGCUGUGAAAAGUAUGGCAGCUGACCCUGCUCCUGGGACCUUCCUAUUAGACGAGGACCUCAGCAGCUCUUCAUUGUCCUCCUCUUCUUCCCCAUGCUUCACCGCCAGCCGGGCAGGGGCCUCCGGCAACCCAUCCCCCCCCCUCGACCUCAGGGGCCGCUGUCCAGGUGAGAUACAUGGCGGAGGCCAGAGCUGGUUGGAGCUGCUGUCGAUCCUUGAGUCCCAGCCCCCCUCCGUGUUUGCCCCGGACCCCGAAUCCCAACCUCCUGCAGGUGGCCCCCCGGCUAAGGCCCCGGCCUUGCUGCCCAAGGGCCCCCCACGCCCCAAGAAGGCGAAGGACCCCAAGCCUAAGGUGAGGAAGCUGAAGUACCAUCAGUAUGUGCCCCCCGCGGCCCGGCCCCCCCGGGCCCCGGCCCCCCUGGACGCCGCCUACGCCCGCCUGCUCCAGCAGCAGCAGCUCUUCCUCCAGCUCCAGAUCCUGCAGCAGCAGCAGCCGCCGGCCCCGCCGGGGUCCCCCACAGCGCUGUGUGUGCCGGCCCUGCAGCCCCUGAGCGCCAGUAUUUCCCCAGAUCCAGUGAUCAGCUUUGCGGCCCCCCCAAUUACCCUGGCAGCCCCCCCAACACCUCCCACCCCUCCUGUGCCCCCCAAGCCUGAGCUGCUGCCUGCCAACCUGGAUGACCUGACAGUGUCAGAGCUCCGCCAGCAGCUGCGCCAGCGCGGGCUGCCCGUGUCGGGCACCAAGCCGGCCCUGUUGGAGCGGCUGAAGCCCUUCCAGGUGCGGGGGACCCCGGGGCCGCCCCCCCCAGCCCUGCCCCACGCCGACCGGGCGCUGCGGGAGAAGCAGCGGCUCAUCGACAGCCUCACCUGGGAGCUGCAGCGGGAGCAGCAGGAGGCCGACGACCUGCAGGAGGAGCUGCAGUUGCACAAGUGCCGGCGUGGCCGCCCGGAGGGGGAGCCCCUGCUCCCCUCCCCCCCAGCCAGCCACAGCCCCCAGGCCCCCACGAGGGAGACGCCCGAGGGCCCAGUGCCCAGGAGAGAGGGGUUCCUGGUUUUCUGCCCCCCUUCCUGUGAGCCAAUCGGGGAGGACCUAGAACUGCCCCUGCAGAUCACGGCCAGCCCCACCCCGGCCCCCCGCUCCCUGGAGGAGGAGCUGCAGGAGGCCAUCCAGAAAGCCCAGCUGGUCCCAAGUCAGUCGAUCGAAGAUAUCCUGGAGGAGCCACUGGCGUGUGCAGGUGAUCUGCUCCCCACGGAUGCCCCCUUGCUGCUCCCCACGGAGCCGAGCCAGCCCCCCUCGCCCCUCAGCCAGCAGGGGGCGCCCUGCAAGAAGCCCCGUUGCACCCCACCGGCAGCGGCCAUCUUGGAUUUCCCCGGCCACUACAACUUUCUCACCCCUCCCUCCUCCUCCUCCUCAUCUCCCUCAGACUCCCUGUGUGGGGUCUUCUCCCCGGAGCGGCCCCCGUCCCCCAGCCCCCGGCCCGCCUUCGACCCCGUCGAUUGGCUGGAGGCCUUGACAGCUGGCCCAGCCUCAGGGCUGGGGCCCGGCACCCCUGGCAGCAGCAGCAUCUUCUCCACUGACUUCUUUGACUCGCCGGAACUGAGCGUCAACCACAUGAUUGACCUGAUGGUGGAGCAGUGGUAGGGGGUGCAGGACCCCCUGGCCCGUCUACGGCGAGCCCUCCGCCGCCACCCAAGAGACACCAACAAAUCACACCAAUGCAGGUGCCAUCUUGGAUGGGUGACGUCAAAUCCAGGCACCAUCUUGGGAGGAACUAUUGUUUGUAGUGACGCCAAAACUGGGCGCCAUCUUGGCUGGUGGAACCAUUGUUCAGGGUGACAUCAACUCCAGGCGCCAUCUUGGAUGGGUGACGGUAACUCCAUCUUGGAUGAGUAGAAGCAUUAUUCUCGGUGACGUCAACUCGCGGCACCAUCUUGGAUGGGUGGAACCCUUGUUUGGCGCCAUCUUGGAUGUUUGGAGCCAUUACUCAGGGUGACGUCAACUCUGGGUGCCAUCUUGGAUGGGUGAAACCAUUGUUUGGGUUUGACAUCAGCUCGGGAUGCCACCAUUGAUCGGUGAAGCCAACUGGAUGCUAUGUUGGAUGGAUGAAACCAUUGCUUGGGGGUGAUACCAACUCCAGACACCAUCUUGGAUGGGUGAAGCCAUUUUACUGGUUGAUGUCAACGCUGGAUGCCAUCUUGGAUGGAUUAAACCAUUGCUCUUUUGGUUGUCAGCCCCAAGGGGCAUCUUGGAAGGAACAAACUGUUGGUGUUCAGAGUGAUAUGGCGGGUGGCUGCCAUCUUACAUAAAUAUACCAUAAGUGUUCGGGGUCACAUCAGCUCUUGAAUGCGUUAAGCCAUUGUUUGAGGGUGAUGCCAACUUCCACCACCAUCUUAAAUGGAUCAGACCACUGAUGUUUGAGUCAUGUCAACUCUAGGUGCCAUCUUGGAUUGGUCCAGCCAUUGGGGCUUGGGGGGAUGCCAAGGCCAAAGGCCCUCUUUAUUUGGGCCAUACCAUGUAAUUGGACCUAAGUGUUUCAUUGGCAGGCAGAAGGCAACUCCACCUGUGGGAUGCCAUCUUGUUAUUGACCAGAGGGGAGGAUGUGGAAACCAUCUUAGUUUGGAUUGUACCAUCUUUGUACCUAGCUGGGUUGGGAGUGGAGAAGCCAACUCUAGACGCCAUCUUGGAUGGAUCAUACCAUUUUAACCUCAUGUUUCACUGGCAGAGGGGGGUGGGGAAAUGGCAACUGUAGACGCCAUCUUGGUUGGACUGUACCAUUGCUGAGCCUAGUGUUCUAUUGGGGGCUGCCCUCCCCUGGCCCUUUUCACUCCCCCCUCCCACCCAGGCUGCCCCCCAGCUCCUGGCCCUUCCCACUUACACCAUCCCCCCCACCCUGCUCAUCACUGUGCCCUGCCUGAUCAUUAAGGGGGGGGGGGACUCUGACCACUGGUGAGGGGGCAGCUCCCUAAGGGGGCUGAGCUAGUGGGGGAGGGGUCACACCACAGGGGGGUGGGGAGCUGACAGUUGCCAAAGGCUACUGAGAAAUUUGGACCGACUGGGUGACGGCACUGCUGUGGGGAAGCUCGCAGCCCUUGGAACAGCCCCCUUGGGGCACUGUCAUGGGGAAGCUCACAACUCCUUCGGGACACUGCCGUGGGGAAGCUCGCCGCAGGGGAACUUGACUCCUGUUUGCUCCCCAGAGUGGGGGCAGGGACCGGGAGAGCUCCCCCCAUCACUGGUGGGGGGGCCAGUGGGGAUUCUGGCCUCCCAUGAGCCCCGAUCCACACGCAGGUGAGUAGAAACUCCAACUUAUAUCCAAACCCCCCCCCAUUCACCUGGAACUGCCUAGCCUCAUUCCAACCCCCCCACCCCAGCUCCAAAGCUCUGAUGGUUCUGCCCACAAGGGUUGGGGAGGCCCCUCCCACAAGUGCUGGCUGGGGGGGGUCAGUUGAGGAGGGACCCCUGGAAGCCAAGCUGAUCCCCCCACACAAUAAAGCCCCUUCCCACUGCA